UUGGAAGUCCACCAAACGGUCGAAGCCGUCAAUUGCGCUGGCCAUACUUAUGCAGACUUUUGGCCACUAGAGGCCUCUAUCAUUCUCUAUGUUGGUGCUAACUUUGUUCUUCAAGGCUGACUGAACAAGGGUUCUAUGGAAGAGAUGUCAGGAAUAAGUGCGGUGAGCUCGGCGUUGCCAGCGGCUACAACCCGUACCGCCUCCUUCAAGGGCUCAUGCCCCAGCUCGAAGUAUGUGAAGCUGAAUGUGGGCGGGGUGCUCUACUACACCACCAUGCAGACCCUUACCAAGCAGGACACCAUGCUCAAGGCCAUGUUCAGUGGCAGGAUGGAGGUCCUCACAGACAGUGAAGGCUGGAUCCUUAUUGACAGGUGUGGGAAGCACUUUGGGACCAUUCUGAACUACCUGCGUGAUGGUGCUGUACCUCUGCCUGAGAUCCGGAGAGAGGUCGAAGAGCUCCUGGCAGAGGCCAAGUACUACCUGGUGCAGGGGCUAGCUGACGAGUGCCACGCUGCCUUGGAGAACAAAGAUAUGUAUGAGCCCUUCUGUAAAGUGCCUUUGGUCACAUCCUCAAAGGAAGAACAGAGACUCAUCUCUACCUCCAAGCCCACAGUCAAGCUGUUAUACAACAGGAGCAACAACAAGUACUCUUACACCAGCAACUCCGAUGACAACAUGCUGAAGAACAUUGAGCUGUUUGACAAGCUCUCUCUGCGCUUCAACGGCCGUGUGCUCUUCAUCAAGGACGUGAUCGGGGAUGAGAUCUGCUGCUGGUCGUUCUAUGGGCAGGGCCGUAAGAUUGCUGAGGUGUGCUGCACCUCCAUAGUCUACGCUACAGAGAAGAAACAAACCAAGGUGGAGUUCCCAGAGGCUCGUAUCUAUGAGGAGACCCUUAACAUCCUGCUUUAUGAGUCUCAGGAUGGGCGUGGUCCAGACAACGCUCUACUGGAGGCUACAGGAGGCGCUGCAGGCCGAUCCCAUCAUCUGGACGAGGACGAGGAACGGGAACGCAUCGAGAGGGUGCGCCGCAUCCACAUCAAACGCCCCGAUGACCGCACCCACCACCACCAGUAACUAUACCAACCAACCAGCAUUACCAGGAUCCGCAGACCUCACCAGUGACCAUUACCCAUCACUGAGAUCACACUACCGGUAUACCCACAG